CAUCAAUCUAUAAAUGUCAACAAACGAAGAUAAACUGAUUGUCUGAUUGAUUGAUCCCAUCGGCCGAAAUCCUGGCUUUCUCGGUCCUAAAGCCGGUGAACGGGGGCGAUUCAGCUCUCAAGUCAGUGUCCCACGGCUGGUCUCUGGCCUUGUUCUUGUCGAGCUGGCCAGCCAUUGAGUCAUGGGCGUGCCCGCCGACGCUCGUCACUCCCGGCGAGCCCGUCAGCCCGCUCCGUCGGCCCGAGGGUCGGAUCCGAGACGGAAACGGGAUCAAGCCGCCCGUUCGGCCUCGGUCAAUAGUGCGUAUACUGCCGUAGAGCCAGGUCCAUGGUGUCCUCGGAGCUACACGGCCUUCAAGAUCUUGCUGAUCGUGCGCCUGUCCUCGGGUCUGUGGUCGCACAUUGGGGAUUGCGAUGAAACCUACAACUAUUGGGAACCCUUGCAUUUCUUUCUGUAUGGGCGGGGCUUUCAGACUUGGGAACACUCGCCGGAAUACGCCCUUCGCUCUUACACCUACAUCUUGCUGCAUCUCGUACCGGCCUGGCUAUAUGACAAGUUGCUCAACCCGCCUCCGGUCUACGUCUUCUUCUUCGUCCGAUGCAUUUUGGCCUUAGUUUGUACGGGGGCCGAAGUCUAUUGGAUCCGCGGGAUUCGCCAACAAAUCGGACCCAAUGUGGCCCGUUUGACUUUAGCCAUUCUGGUGGGCAGUGCCGGGAUGUUUGUUGCGGGAUGUGCCCUAUUACCUGCUUCCACGUCCAUGUGGUUGUCCAUGGUGGCCAUGGGCGCCUGGGCCCAGGGUCACUACCCGUUGGCCAUCUUUUGUACGGCCGGAUCGACCUUCUUGAGUUGGCCUUUCGCCGCCAUUUUGGGCCUGCCCAUUGCUCUGGAUGUUCUGGUGCGGCGUCGGCGAUGGUCACUUUUUGUAGUGUGGUCGGCGAUUUCCACGGUUGUGUUAUUGGUACCGCAGAUUUGGUUGGAUAGCGCCUAUUACGGACGCUCGGUUGUGGCUCCAUGGAACAUCAUCAGCUACAACAUUUUCACCAGCCAUGGACCCGAUCUUUAUGGUGUGGCCGACCUCCGAUUCUAUCUCAUUAAUGCCAGCCUCAACUUCAAUAUCGCGUUCCCUCUAUCCUUGGUGUCGGGGCCGUGUCUUCUGCUCACGUAUGGGUGGGCUAACAAGAAUUCACCCUCCACGAACUUGGCCAGUCGAUUGUUGCAAUUGAUGGGUUUCUACGUAUGGAUUCUCAUCUUUUUCUACCAACCUCACAAAGAGGAGCGAUUCUUGUAUCCUAUUUACCCGUUGAUUGCCUUUGGAGCCGCCACCACCAUCGAUUGUCUGGAGAAGGUGGCCGGUCAAUGGGUUUUCAACGUUAAGAAGGGACAUUAUACCGACCACACCUCCCAUGGAAGUGCCUUUAUGGUCAUUUGUAUUAUGCUUUUGGGCCUCUCGAGAUCGGUGGCUCUGUAUAAGAACUAUGGCGGCUCCUUCAAUGCCUGGCUUCAAAUCAGCCAUUUACCGUUUGAAGCUCCGGAUGUGGAAGAAUCCAUGACCACUUACACCCAAGUGUGUGUCGGGAAAGAGUGGCAUCGUUUUCCCUCAUCUUUUUUCCUGCCUUCCCAGCAUUGGGCGAUGAGAUUCAUUCGGUCCGAGUUCAGAGGUCAAUUGCCCGCCACCUACUCUAGUCAUGUCAAUGGAACUUACGAGACAAGGAAUAUAUUUAACGACCUCAAUCAGGAAGAAAUGGACAGGUACACGAACAUCGAAGACUGUGACUAUCUGGUUGAUUUAGACAAUGAAAAGGAGUCCGAGUUCGAGCCCAAUUACUCCCAAUUUCCCGACUGGACGGUCGUUCAUAGUUUCCCUUUUAUCGACAACGAGAAAUCAAAUGGUCUCUUCAAAGCCUUCUACGUGCCAAUUUUGAGUGAGCAAGUCACAUUUUACCAUAACUAUAAUAUACUGAAAAGGAAUAAAGGCUAGAUGCUUGGCUCAUGA